AUGCUCGUGUUUUGGCUUCUCUCAGCCACGCCUCUACGCUCUCGCUUUCUGCCUAUCAGACUUGGCCAUUUUGCCAUCCAUCUCGGGUUUUUCUCUCUAUCUCUAUCUCUCUCUCUCUCUCCCCGAACGCGCACACGCGCUCUGCCGCGCUUGCGAUGGCAAGACGGCCAAGUCCGCGCGGCCUGUCCAACCGGCGAAAAUCGUAGCAUCCAACGCUGUCCCGCCUGUAUUGGCCUCAGCCGUUGCCGCAUUCUUGAGACCGGAGUCAGCUGUUUGUUGGACUUACUAUCACUCGUUUUACACCGUUUCAUCGUACCUGUUGCGGUUGGUGUUGCGGUUGCGGUUGCGGUUACGAAUGCGCAUGAGCAUGCGUACGGACCCCAUCCAUCGGACACACGCAUCGUCAAGUCGAAAUCUCUUUUGGCCGCAAAAUCCCUCCAGUCGCCCGCUACCUUCCGCCCCACCCCUCCAGCAGCUUCUGAAAUAAGGAUCUAUUUGUGCCAGACGAUGACGUAA